CACAUCGUGCUGGGCGCAAACUACAGGUGAUAUGGAAGGCACAACAUCCGGGGAUUCAACAACUGAAAGCUUCACAACGACGGUUGCCAUUACAAUGACAACAACUCAAAUGUCUACUACCACAGGUUCUAGUGAAUGUGCAUUGUGGAGCGAUGAAUGUGAUGUCAAUGCACGAUGUGAAGACAGCACUUUUAGCUAUACGUGUAUUUGCAAUGUCGGAUAUGAAGGCAGCGGAACAAUCUGUACUGAUAUCAACGAAUGUACAUUGGGCACCCAUGGCUGUGAUGUAAACGCCCAGUGUGUAAACAACAUUGGAAGUUAUACGUGUGUAUGCCAAGCUGGUUAUACUGGCAAUGGAUUUGCCUGCGCUGAUAUCAACGAAUGUUCAUCGGGCAACCAUAGCUGUGGUGUAAAUGCCACUUGUGUGAACACCAUAGGAAGUUAUACGUGUGUAUGCCUAGCUGGAUAUACUUACAUUGGAUUUGACUGCGUUGAUAUCAACGAAUGUACAUCGGGCGUCCAUGGUUGUGAUGUAAAUGCCACAUGUGUGAACACCAUAGGAAAUUAUACGUGUGUAUGCCUAGCUGGAUAUACUGGCAAUGGAUUUUCCUGCGUUGAUAUCAACGAAUGUACAUCGGGCGUCCAUGGCUGUGAUGUAAAUGGCACUUGUGUGAACAGCAUAGGAAAUUAUACGUGUGUAUGCCUAGCUGGAUAUACUGGCAAUGGAUUUUCCUGCGUUGAUAUCAACGAAUGUACAUCGGGCACCCAUGGCUGUGAUGUAAACGGCCAGUGUGUAAACAACAUUGGAAGUUAUACGUGUGUAUGCCAAGCUGGAUAUACUGGCAAUGGAUUUGCCUGCGCUGAUAUCAACGAAUGUACAUCGGGCACCCAUGGCUGUGAUGUAAACGGCCAGUGUGUAAACAACAUUGGAAGUUAUACGUGUGUAUGCCCAGCUGGAUAUACCGGCAAUGGAUUUGCCUGCGCUGAUAUCAACGAAUGUACAUCGGGCACCCAUGGCUGUGAUGUAAACGCCCAGUGUGUGAAUAACAUUGGAAGUUAUACGUGUGUAUGCCUAGCUGGAUAUACUGGCAAUGGAUUUACCUGCGUUGAUGUCAACGAAUGUACAUCGGGCAUUCAUGGCUGUGAUGUAAACGCCCAAUGUGUGAACAACAUAGGAAGUUAUACGUGUGUUUGCCUAGCUGGAUAUACUGGCAAUGGAUUUUCUUGCAAUGAGCGUAUUUACAUCGAUUAUGGCUCUGGGCUUGACCGGUCACUAGGAUAUGUUCAAUACGGCUUUCUAGCGUGGUUUACUGUAAGACUAGAUACAGGGUUUCCUAUCAGCUAUGGUCAACUAUACACCUACAUAACAUUUACAUCAACGGGUAUGAUUCAUUUUUCGAACUACUAUCCACGCAGCUAUCACCUGUACAAGUACAUCAACCCGUCGUUAUAUUACCUUUUUGAUAUCUACCGCGAUCCAUCUAUUGCGGUAUUCGGUGCACCGGUUGACCUUUACCGCGGUAAUCCAAAGAUCUAUUAUCAGGUAUACGACAUCAACAAGGGGUACGGAAACUCAGCUGCUCUUCUCGCAGCGGUACAACAAAGACUGUAUGCAUCUCUGUCACUUCCGGCAGGGUUGGAGUCCUUCCGGUUCAUCAAUGGAAUCAACUUCAUCUGCAAGGUCACGUGGGAAAAUGUGCAACCUCAGGGAUCAGUGGCAGGACAGGAGAUGGUAACCUACCAAGCUGUUCUCUUCACUGACGGAAGAAGAAGUGGUGUUCUGACGAUGUACCAGGGAGGUAAUUUCAACUGGAAUCCAUUCUCUAAGUCAGUACCGGCUAGAAUCGGUUUCAGCACCAGGCAUAAUUGGUAUAACGUCUAUGAAGGAAACUCUCUAGCUGUGCUGUAUAAAAGCUAUCGCCCUGAUCUAAGAAUUGGCAACACUGGUCUUAUGGGCAGAGACAUCUACCGUCUUGAUGCAAACCCUGAUUGGUACAUCAACCCGCGCCGAUACUGCCAAGAUUGGUACAGCGAUGAUCUGAGCAGGCCAUCCUAUGCACCGUGGGCAGAGCCAUGCCCCUGUUCUCGCUGGCAGGCCAUAUUUGAUUUUAGGUUUACACGCUGCAACUACCCAAUCUACGGCUACGGUUAUGGCUACGGCUACGGCUACGGUUAUGGCUACGGAUACGGUUAUGGCUAUGCGGGACUAUCUAGUUAUUAUUCCGACAGUAGAGGGACCACCUGUUACCAGCCUCGAUGGCCCAGAUUUUUUGUUGGAGGUGGAUACAGAUGUACCUAUGGGUUCUCAGCUUUGAUCAGGGGAUAUAGAAGUCUUUGGAAGUCCAGCCACUACCAAGCAGUUAUGCCACCGAACGCUAGAUUCUUCUCAUUCUUCUAUUACUCCCUGAGUUACUAUUAUGCAUGGAUUGAAAGAGAUGUCUUACCACGGUUCUACUGCUGUGGACUUGCUGGUGGAAAUUUCUGUAGGCUUUACGAGCGACGUCGUCCACGGGCUCACUGCUUUGGUUACAGAACACCACGGUGGGGAUGGUUUUGGGGUGAUCCGCAUAUCAAUACUCUGGAUGGUAGGAAAUACACCUUCAACGGCCUUGGUGAAUACAUUACGUUGUCUUACAGUCACGGUGAUCCAUUCGUUUUACAAUCAAGAACUGGCAAGGCUUUUAACAACAGUGAACCCGUUGAACACGGAACGGUCUUCAUAGGGUUCGCUUCUACACAAAAUAUCACAAAGGUUGAAUUCCAGCUGAACGACAACAGGACAGAAAUGAGUAUUCUUGUUAAUGGUUCCUCCAUUAAUAUGACAGAUUUCAUAAACGAUGGAUAUGACUCACAGGAUCCGACUUUCAUCUUAUCCUCGGAUAAUGAGACCGAAUCCGAGGAUGAGAUCAAGGCCACAGCCCUCUUUCAACCAGAAGGCUAUUCGAGUACGUCCUUCACAGUGACCUUUAAGAAUGGGAUCUUGGAUAUAAGCGUCAUGGUCCCGCCUGAGUAUUCUGAGAACGCAACGGGGAGGGGUCUGCUUGGUAAUGUCAAUGGAAAUAAAUCAGAUGAUUUUCUUUUACGGAAUGGAACGUUACUAACCGAUCAACCCGGGAGAAAUUUAACAGAAGAAGAAAUAUUCCAAUUUGGACAAUCAUGGAGGAUAACGGAGGACGAGUCGCUGUUUGAAUACGGUGAUAGGGACUGGGGUUUCUUCAACCCGAGUAACUACACACCAAUGUUCUUAGACGCCCUACUCGCCCUCGACCCAGACAGGACCAGAGAGGCCCGGGAGACUUGCGGGGAUAACGAAGCAUGCCUCUUCGACUUCCUCGCUGUCAACCCCGAAUUGGGAAUGCAGACGAUGGACACCGGGAACCAACUUGACGACAAUCUCCUAAACCUUGAUAAUUUCCCUCCAAACAUAACAAGCGUGACAGAGCUGACAGAAACAGAUGGACUUCAAGAGGAAGAUGUUCUCUAUGUGCAAGUGGGCGUGAAUAUUACCUUACAGAUUACUGCACAGGACCCUAACGAUGAUGAUGACGUAUAUUUCACUUUCAACGGUACAACUCCAGAUGGCGCAAAUAUCAGCUCAGAUGGCAUAUUCACCUGGAUACCCACUGACCUGAACGUCUCCUCCAUUGAGAUCAUCGCCAUGGACAACCGAGGCGCAGAGACCGCUUUGUCGUACAAUGUUCUCAUCUGUCAAUGCGAGAACGAUGGCGUGUGCGACUUUGAGAGCCAGGCCGAGGGACAGGACCUCAGUGCUAAUGGCUUUGCUGUGGUCACGUGCAACUGCACUGAUGGUUGGUCAGGUGACCACUGUGACGUAGACUACGAUGCAUGUGAGGGCAGCGGACCUUGUUAUGAGGGGGUUAUCUGCUACGAUGAGCCUCCAUCUUCGGAUGAAGAAUACAGAUGCGGGCCAUGCCCUCCCAAGCUGACGGGCGACGGGAGUAACUGUUUCGAUUUCAAUGAAUGUGCUGAUAAUGACACAAAUAACUGUGGUCAGAUUUGUGAAAAUGAAUUGGGUACCUACACAUGUUCUUGUGAACCAGGCUAUAGGCUUGGCCUUGAUCAACAUUCAUGUAUUGAGAUAUUCUGUACUGAGGAACUAAUGAAUUCAACGGGGUCUGAAAACUGUACUUGCGAUCCAGGCUUUGAACUCAUAAAUGGAUCCUGUAUAGAUUUUAAUGAAUGUCUAGCUGGUGUCGACCAGUGCCCUCCUGAUAUAUCUACUUGCAACAACCUACCGGGAGAUUAUAAUUGUACUUGCCAUUCAGGAUACGAAAACAUGUCCCCAACAGAGUGUCAAGAUAUUGACGAAUGUGAACGUGACUUGGAUAAUUGCAACAAGACUGAAUUCAACUGUGUGAACAUACUGAGUAACUUCUCAUGCGUAUGCAAGGAUAAUACAACAGAAAUCAAUGGAGUUUGUCUAGGUUCAUUGACAUUGUCGCUCAACGUUCGUUUUUCAUUUAUCAACGGGCUUGGCGUUGUUACCUACCCAGAGACAAUUGACUCCCAAGAAAAUCAGCAGAAAUUGGCACAAGAUGUCUUGCGUUACCUAAACACGUCAUCAGAACUAAGUGAAGACACGUUGCAGGCUGUAUCUGUGCAGAACUACAGCUUGGGAGAAAGUUCUCUUCUGAUUUCCUUCCGGGUUGACCUAAAACCCGACUCGUCACUGACCGAAUCUGAUCUUGGGAAUAUUUUCAUGCAACUUCUUCCAAGCUCACGGCUUAUUGAACCAAACCAUGAAGUUACGCCCGAGGAUAUCAACGAAUGUGAGCUCUCUACGGGUGUAUGUAGUAACGGUAACUGCACAAAUACAGACGGUAGCUAUUUUUGUACCUGUUCUGUGGGUUUCCAACUCGGAAACAGGGAUGCUUCUUGCAUAGAUAUCAAUGAGUGUCUCGGGAAUCAUGAAUGCAACCAAACGUGUAUCAACUCACCGGGGAAUUACUCGUGUUCUUGCAAUCCUGGAUUUGAGCUUGAUGAUGAUGGUUUUACAUGCAGCGAUACCAAUGAAUGUAAUGCAACAGACGUGUGUAGUAGCGGGAACUGUACAAAUACAUACGGAAGCUACUAUUGCACUUGUGAUGACGGUUUCGCUGGAACUGGAAACGAUUCUUGUAUAGAAAUCGAUGAGUGCGAAUCUGAUCCUUGUCAAAAUGGAGCGACCUGUACAGAUGGGAUCAACAUGUAUAGCUGUACCUGCACACUUGGUUAUACUGGAACUAAUUGCUCAAUGGAAAUAACCACACCCACAACCACCACCGCGCCCACAACCACCACCACCACAGAGGGCCCACCACCUACAACUACCAUACAACCAAGCACAAUUAAUACAGUGGAUACUAGUCCUACUGAUUUGACUACUUCUGAUUCUACCCCUCCUCCAACAACGAUCACUUCAACUGAAACAACUACGCCCACUGCCGCCACCACCACAGAGGGCUCAGUAGCUACAACUACCAUGCAACCCAGCACAACUACUCCGGAAAAUACUAGUCCUACAGAUUUAACUACUGAUACUCCUGAUUCUACCACUCUUCCACCAACGAUCGCUUCACCUGAAACAACUACGCCCACUGCCGCCACCACCACAGAGGGCUCAGUAGCUACAACUACCAUGCAACCCAGCACAACUACUCCGGAAAAUACUAGUCCUACAGAUUUAACUACUGAUACUCCUGAUUCUACCACUCUUCCACCAACGAUCGCUUCACCUGAAACGUUCGUGAGCAUCAUAAGGAUUGAGAUCACAGCCAACAGACGAGAUGGUGAACUGCUUGUAUUCACAGAAGAACUCAAUGAUCGGUCUACGGACGCUUUUAAGGCAUUGGAAGGUGUCUUUUGCGGUGCGGUUUCAACGUAUUUGAAUGUAAGCUUGAAUUCAGCUCAGCUCAUCAGUAUCACAUGUGAGGUAGUCUCUUUCCGAAAUGGUAGUGUGAUCGGUGAUCUACGAAUGGGUCUUACAGCACCAUCUCAGAAUUCCGCUGAUAGUCUUGCUGAAUCAGCCACUGACCUAUCACCUGCGGAUGAGACAUUACCCUUCCUCGACGAUUCUCUUUACGUCGAAGAGUUAGCCGUAGACAAUACCGAUAGUUGUGGGGACAGCAACCCCUGUACAAAUGGAGGGAACUGCACGGAUGAAUUCAGCACGUAUAGUUGCGCAUGCCCGGUGGAUUACACAGGGAAAGACUGUUCAACAUUCUCUGGUAGGUCUGGUCUAUCACCUGGUGCUAUUGUUGGAAUCAUACUUGGUGCUUUGUCGGGAGCUCUGAUCUUCGUUAUCUGCGCGUGUUUAAUGAUGGUUCAGACAGCGCGUCGUAAUCAGGCAAAUAGGAUGGUGAUGGGGAUGCAGAAGCAAAGCAACUACCACAUCUCAGAGCAUCGGCGAAUAUUCGAUGACCGACGGUCGGAUCGUUCAUUGGACGAUUACUCGAUUGAAGCUUCUCUUGAUCGUCGACAGUAUGAUAUCGGCAGAGCUGUUAAUCGGAUAAGACAAUAUCAAGGAAUGGAUAACCCUGCACGUGAAAUAGGCUAUAAUCGGAGACCAGGAGGUUUGGAUAACUUUGCUCUACCAUAUGUAGUUGAUGGGCAUAGCAGCGCCAGUGGUGAAAACGUCGUUGAACGAAACCCUUUACACUACAGCUACUACUAAGGCUUAGCUGUAUCUGCAAACAGUCAAAACACUAUUUAUCAUUUUGAUUGCACCCAACCUACAUGUGAUGUGAAUGUGUACAGGAUUGAUUCAUUGAUUAAGCGGCAACCAGACCUAAAGCUGGGGUAGUAAAUAAUGCGCCUCGGAAUAGACUAUAAUCCUAUAAUAUAGAAUUGAACAACACAAAUGUCAAUUUAUUUUCACUCUGAUCUGUUCUAAUUAUUAUUCAAUAAAUAUGUUAUGUGAGCUAAAUAUAUCUAAAGUCAAUUAAGCUUUUCUAUUAUUAUUAUUAAAUUAAAACAAUAUUGUACAUAGGUGGGGUUUGAAGUAUUUAAAGUUUCAUCAUUAUAUAAUUAUGAUUAUUCACAUGACAAAAUUCACCAUUUUCAUUUCUAAGGAUUUGUUCAUUCGGAACAUUAUAGUACAUGUAUGUGUUAUACAAAAAGGGAGCAAAUAUCAAAUGUAUACAUUUUUUACCUGUUUACUUAAAAAUACAUUUGCACUUUAUAAAGAGAAUGAUAAAGGAAAGUCCUUCUUAGAAUAAGAUAUGUGAAUCUCUAUACUUAUGUCAAUGGUUUAUAAUCAAUAUCAUGCGUUACACAUCGAUGGAAAUGACUUCGCCAGAGAAGCGUUUCAUAUAAAUUUGUCGUCCGACAAGUUAUCGGAUCUGAUAAUUUUUCUUGAAUCUAAUUGGCUGAGAAGCACAGUUCCUGUGAAAACUGUCGGAUAAAACACUCGACAAGUCCUUAUGUGAAACGCCUCCCAGGAGUUAAUCCAUUUCAUGAUGAAUCAUUUAAUAUAAAGGGUUCACAGAUGUGUGAUAAUAUAUCAUAGUUAUUGUAAAUACUUAGUUUAGUUCCUGAUAUAUGAAAGUUCAAUUUACUGUGGCUCCAAUAUCAAAUUUUAAAUGAAUAUAAUGAAUGUUUAGCUUAUCUAUUAUACACAGACCAUAUAAUACUGUCUUGGGUGUAUACUUGGUAGGUAAUUCAUUUCUAAAUAUGAAUUUAUUUUUGUAUAUAUUUGAUUCCUACAUAACAUUAUCAAAUAGUUACAUGUAUUCCAAUAAUGUUUAAUGUAUUUUAUAUGUUUCAAGUAUAGUAUUACUUGUUUUUGCAGCUUAUUAAAUACUUAAGGCAUUUAUAAUUUGAAUAUUUUCAUAUAAUGGUCCCAUAAUUAUUCCAAUAUCAAGUUCUUCCUUAUGAAUGCCUCAGUGCAGUCCUGUGUAUAAGCAAUUAAAUGGUAGUGAAACAAACACCAAACCAAGUGCCCUCUCUUCUUCUUUUUGGCAGCAGAGCAUUAUUGGGGGCAAACAAAGUAUUUAUUUUAGGUACAAGACAAUGUCUUUCAUUUAAUAGUUUCUUCGAUUUGUGUAUUAAGGGGCUGAGGAAGGAGGGUGAGGGUGUGUCAAUGUCUGUGUGUGUGUGUGGUUUUGAGUUGGGAUAUGCACUUGGUUAUAAUAUGUAUUUUAAGACCUUGUCUUUCUAGCUGAUCAUCAGUAUACAUGAAAUAUCUUUCUGAAAUAUUGUGUCACUUUAAUUUACUUUUGAAUUCAUAUCUAUGUGAUUCUUGUUUAUUGUAGUUUUCAUGGUAUGCAUAUAGGUAAUCAUAAAAUAUCAUUUUAUAAGUGCGAGUGGGUCCACUUGUGUGUGUGGGUGAGUGUGUGUGCACCCUUUUAAUAACAUACAAAUACCACUUGUCUGCACACUAAUCUCCGAGUCUAAAGUCCAUUAUUAUUAUGUCAGUAUGUAGUAGGCAAUUUUACAAUUUUAAUUUUCGCGCAAAAUGUUAAAAAGUUAUAAAACUUGUAGUCAUUAGAUAUUAUCAUGGAGCUGCUCCAUGCUAUUACUUUCGAAUUAAGUAAUUUGUAUGCCUACAUAUUGAUUGCCAAUUGAAAAUGCUUGUAUGCAAAGUAAACGUGGGAAUCAAUUUCCAUUACAUUGACAGUAACAAAUGUGUUUAUACUAAAGGUUUAUACUUCCAAAUAUAUUUUACUCAGAGAGCAGUAUGAUUAAAAUAUAUUAAGACAAAUAAA